CCAGUCUUCUUUCCCACCUCUUUUUUUGUAGUUUUUGGCCAGGGCCGGGUUUGAACCCACCACCUCCAGCGUAUGGGGCCGGUGCCCUACUCCUUUGAGCCACAGGUGCCGCCUCUUCUUUCCCACUUUUUAAAAACAUAAUAAAUAAGCUUAAGCUACAUUUGAAAACUCUAAGUUUAUUUAGACCAUGUAUUCAAAACGUUUGUCCUCUCAUUCCCAGAAAAGAGUUCCUGUUGUCUUCCUGGCCUCCUGCAACAUAUCCAUCUCCUAAGGCAGCUCAAGUUAUUGACAAAAAAAAAAAAAAUGAUGCUUCAGUGCUCUACUGUUUCCUUUCCUAUUUGGAAGGAAAUGGGCCUGAGCUACUCCAAGGCUCGCCCUAGGGUGACCAAAGUAGCACCUUUGCAAAGCAAGGAGGAAGAGACUCCCGUGGUCGGCCCCGUGGACUUCACACUCAAUCAGACUCUGCAAGGAAAGAGUUCACCCUUGUUGGCAAGGCCACAGGACCAGAGUAAAGCUUUGGAAGGGCGGCUGCCGCCUCUGCGAGAAACCCGGUAUGGAAGAUACUUUGCAGGUAAAGCAUCCAGAACCAUGUAUUUUGACAUCCCACUGGAACAAGGAGAAACAAGUAUUAUUAAGAGGCAUCCACCCCAAAGACUUCAAAAGCUUGAGCCCAUGGACUUGCCACAAGUAAUUACUUCUAAAAGGCUUCAGAGCCAGAGAGAUGCUGGGAUGGUGCACAGAGCACAGGAACUGGAAAAGAAAAUGCGAACUCCAAUGUAUCCUUCUGGGAAAAGGCAAUAUUUGCAUAAGAUGCAAAUGCUGGAAAUGAACCGUAAAAGACAAGAGGCCCAAAUGGAGUUGAAGAAAACUCUUCACGGGGAGACAAGAAUUAAUAAACAAAAUCUGAGGGAUCAUAAAGCCAAGAAAAUCCUUGAAGGCAUCCCAAGGAAUAAUGACCAUGACCUUCUAACCACCUUGCUUGAUGAAACCUUGACUAGAAAUCCAGAAAAUUCUCAGAAUGCAGAAUUUUUGGAACACCAUGCAGUGAAUGACCACUGUCCCCAGAAAGUGGGCAAAAUGGAGACCUGGCUGCGUGAACAAGAGGCCUGGGGACAGCUUUUCUGGAACAGCUCUAGCUCUGACUCUGAUGAGUUGGGGACAGAUGAGAAGAGACCACGAGCACUGGUGAGGACCAGGACAGAAAGAAUCCCGCGUUUUGAUGAGUUUUUUGAUCAAGAAUAAGAAUGCUUUUCUAAGAAUGCUAUUCACUUCCCCAGAUACUGAGUGCUCUGAAAUUUGCUUUCUGUCACCAUCCUUCAAACUAACACAUAAAUUAUUUUGAGGAAGGCAAUUCACUUUGGCAAAAAGAAAUACUAUUUGGAGUCUUACAGUUAACAAGUUUGUCCUGCAUGCUCUUAACCAAUGCUGCAUUACUAACUGCCUCAAAGCCUAAGCACUUAAACAACAGCUAUUUUAUUGUCUCACUUUUCUGUGAGUUGCUGGGCUCAGCUAUAUGGUUCUUCUGAUGGUCCCUUUUGAAACCUUUUAUGUAAUUGAAAUAAGAUGGCAGGUAGGACUGGAGUCACCUGGAGGCUUGACUAGUACACUGGGAUAGCUGGACCUUGCCCCCUCUCCAUAUAGCCUCAGAGCCUCUUCACAUGACCUCUGCAGCAGAGUAGUGAGUUUUCUUUCACUGGGAUUCCUGAAAACAAAUAUCCCAAGAAGAGGAAAUAAGCUUCCAAUCCUCUUAAAGUCCAGUCUUAGAACUGGCUCUGCUCACUCCCCCUGCAUUCUAUGGGUUCUGCAAGUCACAGGCCAGAUUGUAGUCAGUGCAAAGGGAACUAUGUGAAUGCCAAGGGAACUACGUGAUGGGCCACUGGAGAACAUCUUGGGGAGCUAUAACCACAACACAUUGUUACAAGGUAAAUUUGAUCAUAUAAAAGAAAUAGAUGGCAGAGUAAAUUUGAUACAAAUGAAAGUGAGUUUUUAAAGAAAAGUCACAGUAAUUGUACAUUAGACACAACUCACUGUCUUAUGAGUUAGCCGUAACAACUGCAGGAUAGAGGCGGUAGAGGCAGAAUGUAGACUGUUGUGAAUUAAAGUUCAUGGUAAUACUUCUUAAAUUAUGAUGUCAAAUUUGGAGCUCUUUAAACUUAAAAGGAAUCACAAAAAUGUCCAGUCCAAACGUUAUUUUAUUUACUGUUGGGUGCUGGGGUCUGGUUCCCCAAACCCAGUUGACCUGUUUUGAUUGCUUAGCAAAACUAGAAAGUUCGCCCCAGGCACAGUGGGAAUCAAAAGUGAAAGUGGGCAGGCACAGAGUAAAACUGCAGCCACACAGGCAGCAAGAAUAGGAAGCAAAAGUCACACGCACCACUUCAGUAAAGCAAAGAGAAGUUUUAUUUAAGAACAAAGAGAACCCACAGCCAAUAUCAUAUUGAAUGGAGUUAAAUUGAAAUCAUUUCCACUCAGAUCAGGAACCAGACAAGGCUGCCCAUUGUCUCCAAUGCUCUUUAACAUUGUAAUGGAAGUUUUAGCCACCGCAAUUAGGGAAGAAAAGGCAAUCAAGGGUAUCCAUAUAGGGUCAGAAGAGAUCAAACUGUCACUCUUCGCACAUGAUAUGAUUGUAUAUCUGGAAAAAAACACCAGGGAUUCUACUACAAAACUCUUAGAAGUGAUCAAGGAAUAUAUCAGCGUCUCAGGUUACAAAAUCAACAUUCAUAAAUCAGUAGCCUUUAUAUAUACCAACAAUAGUCAAGUUGAAAAAUCAGUUAAGGACUCUAUUCCAUUCACAGUAGUGCCAAAGAAGAUGAAAUAUUUGGGAGUUUAUCUAACAAAAGACGUGACAGAUCUCUAUAAAGAGAACUAUGAAACUCUAAGAAAAGACAUAGCUGAAAAUGUUAACAAAUGGAAAAAUAUACCAUGCUCAUGGCUGGGAAUAAUCAACAUUGUUAAAAUGUCUAUACUACCCAAAGCAAUAUAUAAUUUUAACGCAAUCCCUAUUAAAGCUCCACUGUCAUACUUUAAAGAUCUUGAAAAAAAUAAUACUUCAUUUUAUAUGGAAUCAGAAAAAACCUCGAGUAGCCAAGACAUUACUCAGAAAUAAAAACAAAACAGGAGGAAUCAUGCUAUCAGAUCUCAGACUAUUAUACUACAAAUCGAUAGUGAUCAAAACACAAUGAUACUGGCACAAAAACAGAGAAGUAGAUGUCUGGAACAGAAUAGAGAACCAAGAGAUGAAUCUAGCUACUUACCGUUAUUUAACCUUUGACAAGCCAAUUAAAAAUAUUCAGUGGGGAAAAGAUUCCCUAUUUAACAAAUGGUGCUGGGUGAACUGGCUGACAACCUGUAGAAGACUGAAACUGGACCCACACCUUUCACCAUUAACUAAGAUAGACUCUCACUGGAUUAAAGAUUUAAACUUAAGACAUGAAACUAUAAAAAUACUAGAAGAGAGUGCAGGGAAAACCCUUGAAGAAAUUGGUCUGGGUGAGUAUUUUAUGAGGAGGACCCCCCCAGGCAACUGAAGCAGCUUCAAAAAUACACUACUGGGAUCUGGUCAAACUAAAAAGCUUCUGCACAGCCAAUAACACAGUAAGUAAAGCAAGCAAACAGCCCUCAGAAUGGGAGACGAUAUUUGCAGGUUAUGUCUCCGACAAAGGUUUAAUAACCAGAAUCCAGAGAGCUCAAACGUAUAAGGAAGAAAAGAACAAGGGAUCCCAUCACAGGCUGGGCAAGGGACUUGAAGAGAAACUUCUCUGAAGAAGACAGGUGCGUGGCCUACAGACAUAUGAAAAAAUGCUCAUCAUCUUUAAUCAUCAGAGAAAUGCAAAUCAAAACUAAUUUGAGAUACCAUCUAACUCCAGUAAGAUUAGCCCUUAUCACAAAAUCCCAAGACCAGAGAUGUUGGCGUGGAUGUGGAGAAAAGGGAACACUUCUACACUGCUGGUGGGAAUGCAAAUUAAUACAUUCCUUUUGGAAAGAUAUAUGGAGAACACUUAGAGAUCUAAAAAUAGACCUGCCAUUCAAUCCUGUAAUUCCCCUAUUAGGCAUAUACCCAGAAGACCAAACAUCACAUCAUAACAAAGAUAUUUGUACCAGAAUGUUUAUUGCAGCCCUAUUCAUAAUUGCUAAAUCAUGGAAAAAGCCCAAGUGCCCAUCAAUCCAUGAAUGGAUUAAUAAAUUGUGGUAUAUGUACACCAUGGAAUAUUAUGCAGCCUUAAAGAAAGAUGGAGACUUUCAUGUUUCUCUUUCAUGUUUACGUGGAUGGAGCUGGAACAUAUUCUUCUUAGUAAAGUAUCUCAAGAAUGGAAGAGGGGGUGGAGCAUGAUGGCGGACAGGAUGGAUGUGUAGCCCACCUCUCCCAAGCCAUCAGGUGAGAGGAAAGGUGGUCUGGACGUUUCCUGUGUGUGGAUUAUUGGAGUGGACAGACAGCUGGAGACGCCCAGUGAACUGGCAGAUUGCUAUAUAUGAGGGGUAAUUUAAAAUCACAGACUCUGUUGUAGAGAUUCUUCCCUGCUUGGCCAUGCCGGCCAGCAGGCCCCUCCCCUAUGGAGGUCCCCAGCUUGUAAAUGCUGACAAAACCCAAUUGACAAAUAAUUAUUCCUGAACUGAGGGAGGCAUCCGAAAGGAGAGCCACUCAAAACCACGGGGAGCUGGGCAAACUGUUGGACAAUUGAAGGGAAGAGAUCCUGCCCAGGUAACAGACAUUUUGAACUACCCAAAAGGGCGGGCACCUUUCCCCCAGGUGUUGGAGGGGGCUGGCGGUUCAGGCUGCGCUGCGAACUGGCGGGCGCCGAUCCAAAAGGGAAACUCUGAACCAUAAAACCCAGAAUAAGUCCCCCGAAUGCUCCAACCACGGGAACCGGCUUGAAGCUGUGGACCCAGCUUUGGCUGCUAAAGCCCCAAAGCUACUGAAGCGGCGGACCGGCUUUAGCUGCUAAAGCCGCGACUUGGCUUCAGCCCCGGGAGCCAGCUACAGAAGAUAAAACCGCAAGCCCGCCAACGACUGCGCGAACUCAGCACCACUGCCCCUACAGCUGAUUGCAGUCGCCAAUUUUUAGGAGCACCUGGGAACAGAGUGGAAAGACUUAAAAAGCGUGGACACCUGCACUGAGUGGGAAGGUCGGUCGCAAGUGCUGUCCGGAAAAGAACAGCCGAGGUUACACAAUUCUUAGGCGACAAACUUUUACAGAAAUUCUAAAAUGGCGAUGGGCCAUGGAAGGUGGUUACCAUGGUAACAGUAUAAAUUGUAAAUCAGGUACAAGUCUCGGAACCACUCACUGGGCCACCUGCUGUCCAGAAAGUAUAUUGCAGUAUUAAUAUAUUCCUAUGAAACUUAAUCCCUACAGCAGACAUAUAGCUAUAUAUAGGUAUAUUUUUGCACGCAAGAAUAUUUUUGUAGUUGGUGCCUUUUUUUUUUGUUCUUUUUUUUCGGUUUUCGUGGUUUUUUUUGUU